AACGCAUAUGUUUUUUUCAGAAGUCUGACAGACAUACAGACAGUGGAGUCGUCACGAACUGUGCUGGGUUAAGAGGUUUUCGGUUAUAAUAUCAGAUAACCCGUUCCAAGUGUAUUGAACGUACUGCGGCUGACAGAAGAUAAAAGGCUGAUUUGGAAUGGAAUGGAUCUGCCAGAAGAGAUCCUUGCACACAUUUUCUCUUUCCUGUCUUUACAGGACAAAUGCAAUGCAUUUACUGUUUGUAAGGCUUGGUCUAAUAUCAUGACACACCCAAGCUCAUGGAAAGACACUGAAGUCAGGUGUGAGUCAGGAACCACUGUCCCAGACAGGUAUUCUGCUCUUCUGCCAUUGGUCAGAAAUUUGAAACUGAGAAUGUGCCUUACCGAUCCAGCCAAUCGCAAAACAGCAUUGCAGGUGCUGCGGCAGGCGGUUGCCAGAGGUGACGGGCGGCUGGAAGGACUUUCCAUCAGUUGUGUGGGAAACACGCCUCUUUUUUAUGCUGGUCAAGACCUGCAGCAAGGUUUAGUGGACAUACUGACAAAUGGGUCGUCCCUAACCGUGCUUGACCUAAGGGGUGUACCCUUCACCCUCAGCGACUCCUUUGUCAGGAGUGUAGCCAUGCUUUGCCCUGCCCUGCAUAGCCUUUACAUCAACAAUCACUCUCUGGUGUGUGGCGUUAAUGCCGAAACGUUGCGGCAAGUGCUGAAAUGCUGCCGGUCACUCAACGUUCUUGGAGUUUUUCAGGCUAGUCUGUCACAAGACGUCUUUAAAGAUCUCAUGUUGCCAGAGCGACCAGCACUAAAGAAACUAGAGCUCCGUUGCGAACGCUCGCUCAAAUACACCGUGUCACUCUGUGACCAGAUAUGGUUAGAGUUGAAACUGAGACACCCGCAUCUCUGGGUGGAACUUGUGCUGGACCACACCCUGCCUGAAUUGCACGUUCCAGGGGUACUGCAACCCAACAUCCCUGUCCGAUGCCUUCGGCUGCUCACUUGGACUUUGCUGUUGGACGAAAUCCGGAUAGUCAGGCAGAGUUACGCAAAAACGUUAGAGAUUUUGGAGGUGCAGACAAUCCCGUCUGCUGAACUUAACGCGGAGCUGAUAGCCUUAGCAAAGCAGUGCAUCAGGCUUCAAGAGGUUCACUGUUAUUGUGUGGUCUCGCAAGAAGUAAUAACAGCGUUCAUCACCAACUGUCCAAAUCUUUGCAGAUACACACUUAAAACACAUAAAGAGCCUCACCCAUGGUCCCCUAAUAAUCUACAGUAAUGCUUUCAAGCUAAUCAAGGUCUAAUCAAAUAACUCCAUUUGUGACGCUGAUUAUGUGAAAUCCUUUAAAUGUUCUUGUUUCCAUUUGAGCUGACGAUGCUCUUUGGAUUAUUCUCAGAUCAUACUGGGGAAUGUGAUCAUCAGGUUGUAGCUCAAAUGCUGUCACUACAGCAAAAGCGAGAAAACAAAUACUGAGAUGUUAAGAAAAUCAUGUACAUUUUACUUCACUCAAAUAAAUUUCACUAAAAUCAAUCAAAUAUAAAAUAGUAUUCUGUCAUCACUUAUUCAGCCUCAUGUUAUUCCAAACCUGUACAACUUACACUACCAGUCAAAAGUUUUUGAACAGUAAGAUUUUUAAUGGUUUUAAAGUCUCUUCUGCUCACUAAGGCUGCAUUUAUUUGAUCCAAAGUGCAGUAAAAACAGUAAAAUUUGUAAGAUAUUUACUAUUUAAAAUAACCGUUUUUCAUGUGAAUAUAUUUUAAAAUAUCAUUUAUUCCUGUGAUUUCAAAGCUGAUUUUUAAGCAUCAAAAAACAUUUAUUAUUAUUAUUAUGUUGAAAACAGCGGAGUAGAAUUUUUUUCAUGUUUCUUUAAUGAAUAGAAAGUUCAGAAGAACAACAUGUAUCUAAAUAGCAAUAUUUUGUACCAUUGCAAAGGUUUUUAUCAUCUAUUCUGAUCAAUUUAAAGCAUCCUUGCUAGAUAAAAGUAUUAAUUUCUAUAAUUUCUUUCCCCAAGAAAAAAAAUACUGACUGCAUAGUGUAUAAUGUUACAAAAGCUUUUUUAUUUCAGGUAAAUGCUGAUCUUUGGAUUUUUUUAUUCAAAGAAUCCUGAAAAAAUGUACUAAACUGUUUUAAACAAUAAUAAAAAUAAUAAUAAUGUUUCUUGAACAGCAAAUCAGCAUAUUAGAAUGAUUUCUGAAGGAUCAUGUGACACUGAAGACUGGAGUAAUGAUGAUGAAAAGUUAGCUUUGAUGACAGGAAUAAAUUAUAUUUUAAAAUACAUUCAAAUAGCAAACAAUUAUUUUAAAUUGUAAAAAUAUUUUCAAAAUUUAGCUUUUUUGCAUGACUUCAAAUCAAAUAAAUGUAGGUCUGGUGAGGCCACUUCUUAAA